AUGGCACCUUCUCACGGACAAAAGGUCGACCUCGGCAAGGACGCUCCCGUCACCCAAGAGUCCACAGGCCCCGUCCCCUCGGGCUCCCUCGCCAACGAGUCGGCCAAGAAGGGCGGCGACUUUGCCGAGAACAGCGGCGUCCAGGCAGGCUCCACCGCCGGGUCUACAUCGUCCGGCACAGACUCCAACAACAGCACGUCUUCCGCCACCAAGGCCUCGUCCGGCGGCGGCGGCAACGGAGACACAAAGUCCUCCGGCGCCCAGGGCGGCACGGCGCCGUCGUACGUCGAGAAUCAGUACAUCCGCGACGGCAGCGGCCCGCACGGCAAGAACCUGCAGGAGGGCAUCGACUACAAGAACACCAAGGACGGCCUGAAGGCGGCGCUCGAGGCGGAGGCGGGCUCGGAGGAUGACCCUGCGCGGGCGGCGGAGCAGCAGUUUUUGCAGUCGCAGACGAGGGCGGGGCGCGAUGCUGGGCCCAAGGAGUUUGAGGUGGGUAGCAAGACUACGUUUGACAGUUUGGAGGAGAAGCAGGCUUGA